AUGAAUUUUUUAUAUUCCACUUCCUUUUUUUUUUCUUUUUCUUUUUCUUGUUUUUGCUUUAAUUAUUUCCCUUAUCUUGCUUGUUGCCUUUGGGCAAUCACUAUGGACGCUUUUUUUUUUCUACUCUACUCUUCCCUCUUUUGUUGUUUCUUCUGCACUCUUCCUGUGAGGGGUGCCGUGUGUUUCCCGCCCAACUGCUCCACUCGCACACCCACCGACACGCUCAUGACGACGGCCCUGUGCGCCUCGCCUGCUGCACGCAUGAGGAGGGGCCGCGACGAACGGCGCGCUGAGGGAGCCGUGACGUGUGGGCGUGCGACGAGGGCCUGUGGGGCGGAGCACACAUUUCUUUCCCUCUUGUUUUGUUUCCUUGCGGCCAGGGCGGGCAGACACCCGCAGCGCCACACACACAGCCACACCCUGCCGCCGUGUUGUUUUGUUUUGCUUUUCGUGUGCAUUUCCCGCGCCGGCAGUCCCUUCGCUGUCGGCCUCGUGAGCAUUUCUCUCCCCUCUGAUGAUUUUUUUCUUUUGCUGCGCUCACUCUCCCGAUGUAGAGACGCGACUCUCGUCAUGUCUGCGUGCCUCUCUCAGCCCCCACACACACACGAGUGA